AUGGAUCCUACUGAGCAAAUUUCUGAAGAAUGGAGUUCUCUUAGUGGCUUUUACACAGCUGAGGAAGCUGACUUCAUGAGCCAGUUGCUUGGCAACUGCUCACUCCCUGAAAACCUGUGUGGGAAUUUCCAUUUGGGAAUUCCAUCUGCAAUAUGGCCUGGUCAUGAAUCAACAAUAGUGAGCGUGACAAGCAUCAAUGACAGUCCAUAUUUUCCUACAAAUUCUGAUAAUAGUAAUUAUUUAUGUUUUUCACAAGGAAGUAGCUCCACUUCUGAUACUAGCAAUAUAUUUCCUGCUUCAAGGGGUAACAAACACUGCUUGAAUGACCCAGUAGCCAACAUUGGUUACAUGUCCAUGGGCUUUGCCAAGUUCAGCCCAUAUAAUGUUCAAGGGAGUGACAUCCCGCAGAUGAAUGAAAACACUGAUGAAGAGUUAUGUCUAGAGGUUGUUGCUGACAAGAAUUUGCAUAAUCACCAGGAAUGUGAAGCAGCACCAGAGGAUAUAACCAUCAAUCUGGAGAAGUCAGGAAAGAGAUCUAGGGGCUCUAUGCUGCAGGUAAGAAAGAGCAAGAGAAACGCCAAAUCCAUGAAGAAACCAAAAUCUGAUUCUAUAAGUAACUCUGAAGAGGGUAGAAGUCCUGAUCUUCAGGAUUGCUGCUCAGAGGAUGAUGACUCCAAUGCAUCUCAGGAGCUAAAUGGAGGAGGAUCUUCAAGUUUGAGCCUGGAGGAUUCUACUUCUCUUAAGUUGAAGGGGAAAAAAUCAACAGCUAAUAGAGGUUCUGCUACUGAUCCACAAAGUGUAUAUGCAAGGAGAAGAAGAGAAAGAAUAAAUGAAAGAUUGAGAAUCCUACAAAACCUUGUCCCAAACGGAACCAAGGUGGAUAUCAGCACCAUGCUUGAGGAAGCUGUUCAAUAUGUGAAGUUUUUACAGCUCCAAAUUAAGCUUCUGAGCUCUGAUGAUCUCUGGAUGUACGCUCCUAUUGCUUACAAUGGAAUGAACAUUGGACUGGACCUCAAUAUUACCCCAACCAAACAGGCAUAA